AUGAAAGUGGGACGAUCCAGUCAAGUUCUCGCUUCAUUCAAGGUUCAUUCAGUUCAGCCUAGAUAGCUCGACGUUGAUUGAAUCACGAUACCCCACUGAAUGAAAACAAAUGCAGAUGUCAACGAAUAUUUAGUCGCCGUUGAACUUCCUCUAGAAAUAUGAACGCGGAAGGUGUUUCCAAACGCACGCACAAAACGUGAGGAGGCGCGAUGAAUGCAAAGGACAGAGAGCGGCAACGGACACGGAACGCUUGCAAAAGAACUGAAAGCGCCAGUGUCCUGCGCUCGCUCAGCGUCGACAACAUAGACGAUAAUGAGACAAUGGCAGACGAGUCGGACCUGGUUAAACAUGGCAGUCUUGAGCAGCGACUCAUUGCGCCGAGGUACAGCUUGCUCCGUGAAGUUGGCAGGGGCAGCUAUGGCGUUGUGUACGAAGCCGUUGCCCGUAAAUCAGGUGCGAGAGUGGCGGUGAAGAAGCUGCGCUGUGACGCGCCUGAGAAUGUGGAGUUGGCGCUGGCUGAGUUUUGGGCUCUGACCAGUCUGGAGAAACGCCAUGAGAAUGUGGUACAGCUGGAGGAGUGUGUGCUCCAAAGAAACGGGAUGGCCCAGAAAAUGAGCCAUGGCAAUAAGCGUUCAAAGCAGUAUUUGAGGUUGGUCGAGACCUCGUUGAAAGGGGAGCGUGUAUUGUCGUGUCCUGAUGAGCCCUGCUACCUGUGGUUUGUUAUGGAGUUUUGCGAGGGAGGGGAUCUGAAUCAGUUCGUCCUGUCACGACGACCCGAUCCGCGCACCAAUGCCAGCUUCAUGAUGCAACUGAGCAGCGCUGUGGCGUUCCUGCAUGAAAACAACAUUGUUCACAGAGACCUUAAACCAGAUAACAUCCUCAUCUCAGAGCGGUCUGGCGCACCUGUGUUGAAAGUGGCAGAUUUUGGACUCAGCAAAGUGUGUGCUGGUUUUGGUGCUGGAGUACGGGACUCAGAGGAAGGGCGGGACAAAAACAAGAACAGUGUUAAUAUCAAUAAGUUCUGGCUUUCGUCGGCAUGCGGCUCAGACUUUUACAUGGCACCGGAGGUCUGGGAAGGACAUUACACAGCCAAAGCAGACAUUUUCGCUCUAGGCAUUAUCAUCUGGGCCAUGAUAGAGAGAAUCACAUUCAUUGAUGCAGAGUCAAAACGGGAGCUUCUCGGGACGUAUGUGCGGCAGGGUUCUGACAUCGUCCCGGUUGGAGAGGCGCUUCUGGAGAACCCAAAGAUGGUGUUGAGUAUUCCCCAGCGCAGGCGCUCGCACAUGCCCGAAGCACUCCGGAAACUUUUGCAGGACAUGCUGGCCGUCAAUCCUCAGGACCGACCAGACGCACUAGAACUGCACAGCAGGAUGGGACAGGUCACUUGCGCAGCGUAAUCUCUGACCUGAAUGCACACACAGGUUUUCCCUUUCCAUAACAGACCAGAAGGGACCGUCACGUUGCUUGGAAAACUGUGAAUCUUCCAUUGCUGAUUUAAUGUGAAGAGUACAAAGUACUCAACUUGAACACCAAUACAAAGUUGCCACAAAUAGAUUUUCAGCUGACCUUUCACUUUUUUGUUUACAGUAGUAAUUUAAGCCCAUGAUCUUUCAUUAAGCCCAGAAGUGUUUUCCGCCUAACUCAAUCAUCGGUUACAUCACUAACAGUGAAGUAAAGCUAAAAACAAUGUUAUGAUGCAGUUAGUACAAUCAAGCUAAAACAAGAAAGCUCUUUAUUAGUCUUUACCCUUCUUGCUCAUCUUCUGAAAAUAAUCGUUUGCCAUGAACAGAUGGUGAAAAAUAUUUCAGUUAUUAUACCAAGUUUCUAUGAACAUUAACGCCUUCAGUUUUAGUAAGCAAGCAGUUCACAGAUUUUAGGUUUCAGUUUGUUUGUUUAUUUUUUUUAAAAAGGAAAACAUAAGAUACUUGACUACAUUUUGAGCACUAGCAUUUACAUAUAUGUUCAUCACAUGUCAUUACCAUAGUUUUACACUUGGGUCUUACUUGAGUUAAACAUUAAAAACACCAGUGAACUUGAUUAUCUUUCCUCUGAAAUCAAAAUAGCUGAAAUUACAAGAAUUAAAGACCAACUUUUAGACUUUUCGUUUGCCAUUAAAAUGCUGAUGAUCUUAAGCCUAAACCCAAUAUUGAGAUAUUUUUUCUCCUUGAAUGCAGAUUUAUCCUGGUGCCUUGAAGUCUAGUGAUAUAAGUGAGAUUUCUUGUAGGUUUUAUUUUAUUUUUUUCACAGCUUUUUUUAAACAUGUAGUACAUUUACAGCUUUUAAUAUUUAAACACUUUACAUAUUAGGCAUGUGCGGUUUAACCAUUUAGGUGCUAGUUUUUACAUUGUGUGAGAUUAUUUUUGGCCAAAAAUCUGAUGCCCCAUUUACAGUGCUGCUGUCACUUAUGAAAAAAAAAAACAGUGUGAACACAGACAUGCACACUUAUACGGUUUUACACUUUAGUUUUCAAAUCUGGUAGAAUGAGAUAUGGAUUUGAUUAAAGGGAGCAGUUAAAGAUUGUGUGAGUGUUUAUGUAAUAAAUUCUACUAAUGCAUUUCCAGUAUAGAGCAGUGGGUUUUUUAUUUUUUGGAUUGAUUUUUGUUUAAAAUCUUUUCCUUUUUGUUAAACGAAUACUUGAUGUUUUCAAAAACAGGAUGGAAGCUUAAUAGUGUCACCAUUGCUCUUUUUCAUCUGUAUAUUGAAUGCUUCAUAGAGAAGAAAUUGGUGUGUGUUUGACUUCCAGGUGUGAUUUUUGCCUGACAGUUUGUGCUAUAGUUCUACCUCAGCACUCUUGUGUUUUAGUAACUAAUUCACUAAAUUAACUAGCAGUGCUUCUGUUUUUUUGGAGAGGCUAGUGAUGUUUUUCAGAUGGAUUUAUUUAUUUAUGAUUUUUGUUGUUGUUGUUUUUGAAUAAUAAAUCUGUAGCGUCAAGCAUUUUUUAGGACUUUUAACUUUUUAAAUUCCCUUUUCUCUGUGACUGCUCAUUGCUGUCUGCUGUAGAAGAAACUUGAGGCUUGUGAGAUCAAGAUCUUUUCUGAGACUAAAUCACCCUCAGGUUUAAGGUAUUUUGACUUCACGUGGGAACAAAAAGUGUUCUGUUGCUUUUUAUGUUUAAUUACAUUUAUUUGUCAGUUUUUAACGGGAACAUUUUUAAGUUUACUUUCAUUUUUCCGAAUGGCAAUUUAAAUGAUUGUAUCUUUUACGAGGGUCAGUUAAUCCUGGAGAAAGUUGGUAAAUGUUUUUACAUUUGCUUUUUUUGUCCUCUUAAUUACAACUCUUUUCAGUUUGAAUGUUCGGAGAGCAUAAACACAAAGAAUUUUGUCAUAGCAGUCAUACAAACCACAGUAUUAGGCUGCACUUGCACUGAGAAAAGUGAACCGAGUUUAAUAGAAGCUCACUUCCUGUUUUAGCAUCUCUUUUACUCGAAUUCUGUUUUUUUUUUUUGUAUUCCUUGUGGUCCAACUUUGACUGUACAGUGCACUCUAUGCAACCUCUCAUUUUCUGACACUGUAUGAUGCUGCUUUGCUAAACUAGCCUCUUCAGACCUUGACAUUUUGUUGCUUUUUUGUGCUCAUUUUAUGACUUUGUGGAGCAC